UACUACACCACAGUACAAAUCUUGAAGAAAACUACAUCAUCAUCUUCUUCUUCUAAGUCUUCUUAUAUACAGACAAAUACGAUUGCUUAUAUGAUUUAUAACUCUCUUUCAGUAAAAUCUUCUAAAGAGUAACAAACAAAAAAGCAAAACUCUGUUUCAACUAGUCAUGGUGGUUCUACUGAACAAACAACAUCGUUUUGUUCUUCUUCUUAUUCUACUUGCAACAUUCUCUUUCUGUUUCGGCGAAGACAGAAUCACGCCCUCGACUCCGAUCAAAGACUUAAACUCAGAAACACUCCUCUGCAAAAGCGGUGUGUUCAGGUUCGGUUUCUUUACUCCCGUAAACUCCACUGCUCGUUUACGUUACGUUGGGAUCUGGUACGACAAGAUGCCGAUUCAAACCGUGGUUUGGGUCGCUAACAAAGACGCUCCCAUCAACGAUACUUCCGGUGUUGUUUCCAUCUCUGACGAUGGAAAUCUUGUGGUUACCGAUGGUCGAAACCGCACUCUAUGGUCGACAAACGUCACAGCACCAGCAGCUCCAGCUACCACUUGGGUUCAGCUGAUGGAUACAGGGAAUCUUGCGUUGCAAGACAACAGAAACAACGGCGAGACUCUCUGGGAGAGUUUCAAGCACCCUUACAACUCUUUCUUACCCAAAAUGACUCUCGGCACCAACAACAGAACCGGGGAGAAUCUUAAACUCACUUCUUGGAGAAGCUACGGAGAUCCUUCCACGGGGAACUACACAGCUGGUCUUGCUCCUUACACGUUUCCCGAGCUUCUCAUCUGGAAGAACGGUGUUCCUAUCUGGCGCAGCGGACCCUGGAACGGUCAGGUUUUCAUCGGUUUACCUGACGUGGAGUCUCUCCUGUUUCUUGAUGGGUUUAAUCUCAACAAUGAUAACCAAGGAACGGUUUCGAUGUCGUAUGCUAAUGACUCUUUCAUGUAUCACUUUAACUUGGACCCUGAUGGAGCUAUCUAUCAGAGAGAUUGGAGUGCUCCUAUGAGAGAUUGGAGGAUCGGUGUUAGGUUUCCAUCUACGUAUUGUGAUACAUACGGUGUAUGCGGUCCGUAUGGGAGCUGUAAUUCAAGGGAAGAUCCAAAAUGUAAAUGCGUUAAAGGGUUUGUGCCGAAGAACGACACAGAGUGGAAUGCAGGGAACUGGAGCAAAGGAUGUGUGAGGAGAGCUCUGUUGAAGUGCGAGAGGCAGAGCAAUGUAAGUAAUGGUGGUGGUGGAGGGAAAGGAGAUGGGUUUUUGAAACUGCAGAAGAUGAAAGUGCCGAUCAAUGCGAUACAGUCUCUAGCUAAUGAGCAGGCUUGUCCACAGCAAUGUACUGAUAACUGUUCUUGCACGGCUUAUGCUUAUGAUCGAGGGAUAGGGUGCAUGCUUUGGAGUGGUAGCUUAGUUGAUAUGCAAUCGUUCAUGGGAAAUGGCAUUGAGCUUAAUAUUCGACUUGCUCAUUCUGAACUCAAAACACAUAGCCAUCGAGCCAUUAUGAUCACUGCACCUGUUCUAGGUGUUGCGUUGGUUGCUGCCAUCUGCAUUCUUUUAGCAUGCCGGAGAUUCAGAAAACGUCCAGCAGAACCAAAGAAAGAUAGAAGUGCAGAGAUAAUGUUCAAGAGAAUGGAAGAACUUACAAGUGGUAAUGAGUCUGCUUCUAACCAAGUGAAGCUCAAGGAGCUUCCACUCUUUGAGUUUCAAGUGUUAGCCACAGCAACUGAUAGCUUUUCUCUCAGAAACAAGCUCGGGCAAGGCGGGUUUGGUCCUGUUUACAAGGGAAAAUUACCUGAAGGGCAAGAAAUUGCGGUGAAGAGGCUCUCAAGGGCAUCGGGACAAGGACUUGAGGAGCUUAUGAACGAAGUGGUUGUGAUAUCGAAGUUGCAACAUAGGAAUCUGGUGAAGUUACUUGGUUGUUGCAUUGAAGGUGAAGAAAGACUAUUAGUAUACGAAUAUAUGUCAAAGAAAAGCUUGGAUGCCUAUCUAUUUGACCCAUUGAAGCAAAAGAUUCUUGACUGGAAGACACGGAUGAACAUAAUGGAAGGAAUAUGCAGAGGUCUUCUGUAUCUUCACAGAGAUUCAAGACUAAAGAUCAUACACAGAGAUCUAAAAGCCAGCAACAUUUUGCUAGAUGACAAUCUUAAUCCCAAAAUAUCUGAUUUUGGCCUUGCAAGAGUUUUUCGAGCUAAUGAAGAUGAAGCUAACACAAGAAGGGUUGUAGGAACAUACGGCUAUAUGUCACCGGAGUAUGCAAUGGAAGGUUUAUUUUCUGAAAAAUCAGACGUUUUCAGCUUGGGGGUUAUACUUUUAGAGAUCAUAAGUGGGAGAAGAAACUCUCACAAGGAAGAGAAUAAUCUAAACCUUUUAGCUUAUGCGUGGAAGCUGUGGAAUGAAGGUGAGGCUGCUUCUUUAGCAGAUCCAAACGUCUUCGAUGAGUCUUUCGAGAAAGAGAUAACAAAAUGUGUUCAGAUUGGUUUGUUGUGUGUGCAAGAAGUUGCAAACGAUAGACCUAAUGUUUCAACCGUGAUUUGGAUGCUAACCACCGAAAACACAAACCUCAAAGAGCCGAAGCAGCCUGCCAUAAUAGCAAGAAGAGGAACUUCUGAGGCUGAAUCUUCUGAUCAGAGUAGUCAAAAGGUCUCUAUCAAUGAUGUGAGCCUCACGGCUGUAACAGGUCGCUAAGCUCACAAAGCCAAUAUAUUACUGUUUAUAUAAUGAGUUUUGAAAAUCUCAUAUGAUUGCAAGUUGUGUUAUUCUGUGCAUGUUUAAUGGUUUGAGUUAGAUAAUAAAAAAUGAAUCUCAAGGAAGUUAUGUUCAGAUUCAUCUAA